UCGAAGACGUCGGCUACCUCCAAGGAUCAUGAAACCAGGAACUGGCACAACCCUGGUAAAAGGUCAUGUAAAUGGACAAACAGUUCUGCCAAUGCCUGUGGGUGUUGAAAAGGUGCACGAAGUGGAAAAAUUAUUAAUAGAAAGUAAUGGUGAAAUUUGUGAUUUGUAUUUAAAAAGUGCAAUAGAAGGUGUGGUUAUAAAAUGGGCUGCGCAAGUAAAUGAUGUUUUGGCAAACGAUUCCUCCGAAAAAUUAAACAAUUCAAAUCCUGUUCCAUCUUUGGAAAUUCAAUUUUGGAACCAGCGGUUAAAAAAUCUUGAAUUUAUUUAUGAACAGUUGAAAGAGAAUAAAGUAAAAAGUAUGGCUGUUAUUUUAGAGAAAACAAAUAGCGCGUAUUAUUCUUGUUUUAAAAUACUUUUCAAAAAUAUUGUGAUGGGGUUAGCUGAAGCUAAAGAUAUUUGCUUAUAUUUGUUGCCAUUAAAAAAGCAUAUUGACGUUUUACAAGACACCGACUUUUCUGAUAAUCUCCCGCUUUUCGCACCGUUGAUACAUGUUAUUUGCUUAAUUUGGAGCAAUUCAAAAUAUUACGAUCAAGUCAAACUGAUUGUUUUAUUAAAGCAAGUUUGUAAUUUAUUGAUUCAAGAAGCAAAGAAGUUUUUGGAUCCAACCACAUUGUUUCAUAGCGAUACAGAUGAAGCUAUGCAACGCAUCGGAAUAACAAUCAGACAUUUAAAAAGGUUUUUCAGCCUCUUUACUUAUUAUAAAGAAAAUUUGCAAAGAUUUUAUAAAGAUCGACCGCCUGAGUUAUGGACGUUCCAUCCCAACACAGUUUUCGAAAGAUUUUUCGCUUUUUUAGAAAGAUUACAAACCAUACAAUGGUUUUUUAACACAAUUUUAGAAUUUUCAAAACUGGAGAAGGUUGAAAUCGGUGGUCUAAAAGGUAGAAACCUAAGCGCUAAGGUUGUGGAAGUUUUCGGCGAAUUCCAGUCAUGCUUUUCCGUGUUUUCCGGAAAAUCUUACGACGUCCUCGAUCCAGAUGACGAAUCAUUUGUGGAAGAUUUCGCAAAGUUCAAACAAAAAAUAUUCGAGAUGGAUCUAAAACUUUCCUCCAUUUUGGUUCAAGCUUUCGAAGAUUGCAACAACCUUGAAAGUGUUUAUAAAUUAAUCAACAUAGCUGGAUCAGUUCUCGAUAGACCUUUGAUUAAAGAAGAAUUUACAAGCAAAUAUAACAAAAUCGUUGAGAUGUUAGAGGAGGAAAUUAAAACGGCCGAAUUUCUUUUCAGAGAACAAUUAAAACAUAAAAGAAAACAUGGCGAAUUUGUCGUUGAUAAGUAUAUGCCCCCUGUUUCUGGUAGUUUAAGGUGGACCAGGAAUUUAAGAUUAAGGAUUUUAUCCCCUAUUGAACAAUUCAAAAAGUUACAACACCCGAUAACAAAAUCCGAUAAAGCGUUGGAAUUAAUUCAAAAAUUCGAUCAUUUGGGGCAACAACUUCGCGAUUUUGACAAAGCUCUUUUCAUAGAGUGGACAGAAAAAGUUCCCGGCCAAAUAGAAUCGAAUCUUAAACAAUGUUUAAUAAAAAGAAACGUUAAAACGAAAGAUUUGUACCCAAAUUUUAACACAGCUCUUGCAGCUAUUUUAAGAGAAGUCCAUUAUUUGAGGAAUAUGGGUAUUGAGGAGAUUCCGGAAGUCGCGUUAAAAAUGGCGGAAAGAAACGAAACUUUCCGAAAAUACAUAACUAGCCUCAACACCACCAUCGAGUGGUACAACAAAAUUCGAAGAACUAGUAAAGAGGUUGAGUUCCAAUUGAUUGAAACUGAAUUAGAGGAAAUUGAUAAAUUAGUGCAGAGGGGUGAAAAAAAUCUUUGUUGGAACUCUGAAGAUUUGUGGGAUUUCAUGAUAAAACUUCACGAGUUAGUUGGUGGGCUUCAAGAUCAUCUUCAAAGGAGUCAAGAAAAUUUGGUUGAAAUCAAAAAUAUUUUGAUACCUUUUGCGAGGCAACCACUUUUUGAACGAAAAGAAUCGAAGAAAGACGCAGUUCUUUGCGUGGAAGAGCGAGAACAAAGAACGGCGAAGAGAUAUUCGGAGAUAAUCCAAGCAACUGAUAAGAUUAUGAUCCUUUUGAAUCAAAAUAUGGAACUUUUCGGGAUGGCAGAUAAACAAGAUAGUUUGAAGUGGAAUAAAUACGUUGAUUAUAUUGACCAGAUUUUAAUGAGUUAUUUGUAUCAAUCUGUUGGUUGCAGUUUGAGUUAUUUAAAUGAACAUAUGGAUCCUUGCAAUUCGCUUACUCCGCUUUUUGAGUCCCAAUUAAUUUUGCAAGCACCCAAUAUCGUGUUUUUGCCUCCAAUGGAUCCCUCUCAUAAAGAUAGCUUUAAGAACUUAAUCUUAGUCUUAAUAGAAGAUAUCAUGAAAAUAGCUGGAAUAGUUCCGAGAUUUUCAAAAACUUGCACGCAAACUUACGAAGAAGAGAUCAGAAACAACAGUGAUAUAAAGGAAAUGAGCGAUGAUAUUUUGCAAAAUGUUGAUAACGUUGUAGACGAUGCGUUUGAGUUUUGCGAUAACUACCAAACUUAUUCUUAUUUAUGGUUGGACGAUCGCGAUGAUUAUUUGCAACAAUUUUUAACAUAUGGAAGACAAUUAACCGGGGAAGAAAUCGAUUUAUUAUUUUUAAAAGACUCCCAAGCUCCUAAACCAUGCCCGCCAAGAAUGGAUUCAUUCCGAGAAGAAAUCGAUCGAUUCGAAAGCUUAUAUGCAGAAAUCGAACAAAUUCAAACCCAAAAAAUUUUUAACUCAUGGUUCAAACUUGAUGUAAAACCAUUUAAACAAGCUUUAUUAAACACAGUUAGAAAAUGGGGGAAUAUGUUUAAAGAACAUUUAGUAGAUAUGGUCACCCACAGCCUAUCUGAUUUAGGAUCAUUCAUAAGAUCUGCCGAUGAAGGUCUUCAACAACCAGUUGUUGAAGGAGAUUACGAAGCUUUAGUUAACGUUAUGGGUUACCUAUUAAACGUAAAAGAACGACAAGCAACUACCGAUGAGAUGUUUGCACCUUUACGCGAAACAAUCGAAUUAUUAACAUUUUACGAUCAAGAUAUUCCCGAAGAAGUCAACGUUUGGCUACAAGAAUUACCAGAACAAUGGAACAACACCAAAAAAAUUGCAAUAACAGUUAAACAACAAGUAGCUCCAUUACAAGCAGCUGAAGUCACCUUCAUCAGAAAAAAAAUAACCAACUUUGAUUAUAAAGUAAUUUUUUAUAGGGAAUUAUUUAAAAGAUACGAGUUCUUCAAAUACGGCUGCAAAACUCCUUACAUUUUAAUCGAUAGGAUUCAUAAAGAUCUUAGCAUGUUAGAAAAUGAAAUGGAGAAUAUCCACGCAUCCGGAUCUCUUUUCGAAGUAACUGUGCCUGAUUUCAAAUUAUUAAAACAAUGCAGAAAAGAAUUAAAAAUGUUAAAACAACUCUGGGAUUAUAUUAACAUAGUCCACACUUGCGUGGACGAUUGGAAAACAACGCCAUGGAGAAAAAUCGAUGUAGAAAACAUGGAUAUAGAGUGCAAAAAAUUUGCUAAAGAAAUACGAAUGUUAGAUAAAGAGAUGAGAACUUGGGACACUUAUUUAGGCUUGGAAGCCACCGUUAAAAACACCCUCACAUCUCUUAAAGCUGUGGGAGAGCUCCAAAACCCAGCUAUCCGAGAAAGACAUUGGGAUCAACUCAUGAGUUCUACGAAGAAUUUAGCCGCUUUACCCAAAGAAUUAACAACAAAGAUUGUGAUGGAUCAUAACACAACUUUGGCAGAACUUCUUGAAUUAAAUCUUCAUGAAUGCGAAGAUGAAGUGAAAAAUAUUGUUGAUAAAGCAAUAAAAGAGAUGUCGAUGGAAAAAAUUUUGAGAGAUCUAAAUACGACGUGGUCUGCGAUGUCGUUUGAGCAAGAAAUUCAUCCAAGGACGAAAUCGAAACUUCUUAGGGCUAGCGAAGAGUUAAUUGAGACUUUAGAGGAAAAUCAAGUACAAUUACAAAAUUUGAUUACGUCUAAAUUUAUUGCUCAUUUCUUGGAAGAAGUAUCAGCUUGGCAACAAAAAUUAGGAUUAGCCGACUCAGUUAUAACGGUUUGGUUUGAAGUUCAAAGAACUUGGACUCAUUUGGAAUCUAUUUUUAUGAGUUCUGACGAUAUUAGAAAACAACUUCCAGAAGAUUCAGAAAGAUUUAUUCAAAUUGAUAAAGAUUUUAAACUUCUCAUGGAAGAAAUGUCCCAAGUUCCAAAUGUUGUUGAAUCCACAAAUCGCGAUGGACUUUUAACCAUUUUAGAAGCUUUACAAAGCAAAUUAAUUCUUUGCGAAAAAGCUUUAGCGGUUUACUUAGAAACAAAACGAUUGGCUUUUCCAAGAUUUUAUUUCGUAUCUUCCGCGGAUCUUCUUGAUAUUUUAUCAAACGGAAAUCAACCUGAAUUAAUAUGCAAACACCUCACAAAAUUAUUCGAUUCAAUCGCUAAAUUAAAAUUUGAAAGCAACGAAGAUUCAAAUAUCAUUUUAGGGAUGUUUGCAAAAGAUGGUGAAUACGUUUCUUUUGAAACUUCAUGUUCAAGUGAAGGACCUGUAGAAGUAUGGUUAAAUAGAGUUCAAAGUUGUAUGAGAUCCACGAUUCGAAAAGGAAUCGGAGAAGGGGUGUUAUCGUACGAAGAAAAACCUAGAGAUCAUUGGUUAUUUGAUUUCCCAGCGCAAGUUUCUCUUUGCGGAACACAAAUUUGGUGGACAACCGAAGUUAACAUAGCAUUUGGCCGGCUUGAAGAAGGUUAUGAUAACGCCAUUCGAGAUUAUUACAAAAAGCAAGUUUCCCAAUUAAGUACUUUAAUUACUUUGUUAAUCGGCGAUUUAAGCCGGCAAGAUCGUCAAAAAAUUAUGACGAUAUGCACGAUAGAUGUUCAUUCGAGAGAUGUUGUGAGUAAAUUAAUCCAAAUGAAAAUUGAUAACGCUUCGGCAUUUCAAUGGGUUUCCCAAUUAAGACAUCGGUGGUGCGAAAAAGUUAAUCAUUGCUUUGCUAACAUUUGCGAUGCUGAAUUUACGUAUAGCUAUGAAUAUUUGGGGAAUACACCAAGAUUAGUUAUAACACCUUUAACAGAUCGGUGUUAUAUCACUUUAACUCAGUCUUUACAUCUUGUUAUGGGAGGUGGCCCAGCUGGUCCGGCUGGUACAGGAAAAACAGAGACAACAAAAGAUCUUGGAAGGGCUUUAGGAAUAUCAGUUUACGUUUUUAAUUGUUCGGAACAAAUGGAUUAUAAAUCUUGCGGAAAUAUUUAUAAAGGAUUGGCACAAACUGGUGCUUGGGGUUGUUUUGAUGAAUUUAAUAGGAUUUCCGUUGAAGUUUUAUCUGUAGUUGCCGUGCAAGUAAAGUCGGUUUUAGACGCGAUUAGACAUAAGAAAAGUCAAUUCGAUUUUAUGGGAGAGAUGAUAGCUUUAGUUCCAACCGUGGGCAUUUUUAUUACUAUGAAUCCUGGAUAUGCUGGGAGAACGGAGCUCCCAGAAAACUUAAAAUCCCAAUUCAGACCUUGUGCUAUGGUUGUACCAGAUUUUGAGCUUAUCUGCGAAAUUAUGUUAGUUGCAGAAGGUUUUCAAGAGGCCAAAAUUUUAGCGAGAAAGUUUAUUACUUUAUACACUUUAUGCAAAGAGCUUUUAUCUAAACAAGAUCAUUAUGAUUGGGGAUUACGAGCAAUAAAAUCGGUUUUAGUUGUCGCGGGGUCUUUAAAAAGAGGUGAUCCAGGGCGCCCAGAAGAAGAAGUUCUUAUGCGCGCAUUAAGAGACUUCAAUAUCCCUAAAAUCGUCACUGACGACACUCCAGUUUUUAUGGGAUUAAUCGGUGAUUUAUUCCCAGCUUUAGAAGUGCCUAGAAAAAGAGACGCCGAUUUUGAAAGAACCGUCAAACAAGCAGCUAUUGAUUUAUUGCUACAACCAGAAGAUAAUUUCAUUUUAAAAGUAGUUCAAUUGGAAGAAUUAUUAGAAGUUAGGCAUUCGGUAUUUAUAGUUGGAAACGCGGGAACCGGAAAAACACAAGUGUGGAAAACUCUAUUUAAAACGUACCAAAACAUGAAACGAAAACCGGUAUUUAAUGACUUAAAUCCGAAAGCUGUAACGAACGAUGAACUUUUUGGAAUAAUUAAUCCGGCCACUAGGGAAUGGAAAGACGGGUUAUUUUCCGUUUUGAUGAGAGACCAAGCAAAUUUAGUCGGUGAACAUCCCAAAUGGAUAAUUUUAGAUGGAGACAUCGAUCCUAUGUGGAUAGAAUCCUUAAACACGGUAAUGGAUGAUAACAAAGUUUUAACAUUAGCUAGCAACGAAAGAAUCGCCCUCACACCCACAAUGAGGCUUAUUUUCGAAAUAUCAAAUUUAAAAACAGCUACUCCAGCAACCGUUUCACGAGCUGGAAUACUUUACAUCAACCCACAAGAUUUGGGAUGGAACCCCUACGUAACAAGUUGGCUAGAAACAAGAACAAACCAAGUUGAAAAAUCAAACUUAAUCAUGCUUUUCGACAAAUACAUCCCAAUUUGCUUAGAAAACGUCCGAACAAGAUUCAAAAAAAUUACACCCAUCGUUGAAACAACCCACAUCGAAAUGCUUUGCCAUCUUUUAGACUGCCUAUUAUCACCAAUUAACACCCCACAAGAUUGCCCCAAAGAAUGGUACGAACUAUACUUUGUUUUUAGUAGUGUUUGGGCUUUUGGAUCAGCUAUGUUUCAAGAACAAGCCACCGAUUAUAGAGUUGAAUUUACAAAGUGGUGGGUCAAUGAGUUCAAAAGUGUCAAAUUUCCAACUGGUGGAACUGUUUUUGAUUAUUUUAUUGAUUGUGAAACUAAACAAUUCGUACCAUGGGCGGAAAGCUUGGGACGAUUUGAAUUAGAUCCAGAUAUGCCUUUACAGGCUGUCCUGGUGCACACCGCAGAGUCAAUAAGGGUGCGAUAUUUCCUGAAUCUAUUAAUGGAGAAGAAGCACCCGGUGAUGUUAGUUGGAACAGCUGGUAGCGGUAAGACGGUAUUAGUAGGGGAGAAAUUAACAUCCUUAUCCGAGAAUUAUGCCGUAACGAACGUUUCAUUUAAUUUCUACACGACGUCGGAAAUGCUGCAAAAGAUCCUGGAGCGACCUUUGGAGAAAAAAGCCGGGAGAAAUUACGGACCACCCGGUAACAAGACCCUCAUCUAUUUCCUAGACGAUAUGAACAUGCCGGAGGUCGACACGUACGGAACAGUACAACCGCACACGCUCAUUAGGCAGCACCUGGAUUACAAUCAUUGGUAUGACCGGAACAAAUUGACGUUGAAGGAUAUACAUAAUUGCCAGUACGUUUCGUGUAUGAACCCAACCGCAGGAAGCUUUACAAUUAACCCGCGCCUCCAACGUCAUUUCUACGUCUUCGCCAUCAGUUUUCCUGGUAGCGAUGCUCUCACUACUAUUUACCACGCCAUCCUCAGCCAACACCUUGCAAAUCCCGAACUUAAAUUCCAACCUCACCUUUUCAAGUUUGCAGAUAACGUUGUUGCUGCAUCAGUUGUAUUACAUCAUAAAAUAUCACAAAUCUUUUUACCCACCGCAAUCAAAUUUCAUUACAUCUUCAAUUUAAGAGAUAUCUCAAAUAUUUUCCAGGGACUAUUAUUUAGUACAAAUGAUUGUGUAAAUGAACCCUGUGAUCUCGUACGACUUUGGACACAUGAAUGUCAACGUGUUUACGGUGAUAAACUUGUUGAGGAUAAAGAUAUCGAUGCAUUUAGCAAACUUGUCCAUGAUAUCUUCAAGAAACACUUCGAGGAUGUCGACGAGUCUUUCGUCUUCGAGAAGCCCAAUAUAUACUGCCAUUUCGCCGGCGGGAUUGGUGAGCCCAAGUACAUGCCUAUUGACAAAUGGGCCACUUUGCACAAACUACUGACAGAGGCCAUGGUCAGCUACAACGACCUCGUCGCAGCAAUGAACUUAGUUCUCUUUGAAGACGCCAUGAUGCACGUUUGCCGUAUUAAUAGAAUUUUAGAAUCCCCGAGAGGAAGUGCUCUCUUAGUAGGAGUGGGCGGAAGCGGAAAACAGUCCUUAUCCCGAUUAGCAGCCUUCAUAUCCGCUUUGGAAGUAGUUCAAAUCCAACUGAAAAAAGGUUACGGCAUUCAAGAUUUGAAAAAUGAAGUUUCAGGAUUGUACUUAAAGUCUGGUUUAAAGAAUGUUGGGAUAAUGUUUUUAAUGACAGAUGCGCAAGUUCCCAACGAACAAUUUUUAGUGUUAAUAAAUGAUAUGUUGUCGUCGGGGGAGGUUCCCGACAUGUUUCCCGAUGACGAAAUAGAAAAUAUAAUUGGGGGGGUUCGGAACGAAGUGAAAGGAGCUGGAUUGCCCGAUACCAGAGAGACAUGUUGGAAAUUUUUUAUAGACAGGGUUAGGAGGCAAUUAAAAAUAGUUCUCUGCUUUUCCCCAGUCGGUUCAACGCUCAGAAUUCGCUCUAGAAAAUUCCCAGCAAUCAUAAAUUGUACUCAAAUAAACUGGUUCCACGAAUGGCCACAAGAGGCUUUAGUAUCCGUUUCACUCAGAUUCCUAGAGGCAUUGGAAGUACUUCCCGAAACCCUAAGAGAUCAAGUUGCACAAUUCAUGGCUUACGUCCACACUUCCGUUAAUACAAUGUCAAAGCAAUACCUUCAAAACGAAAGAAGAUAUAACUACACCACCCCAAAAUCUUAUCUCGAACAAAUAAAUCUUUAUUCAAAACUUUUGCGCCAAAAAUCGGAAGAAUUAUCCGGGAAAAUUCAAAGAUUAGAAAACGGCUUAGAUAAACUCAAAAGCACGGCGGAACAAGUAGACGAAUUAAAAGUAAAAUUAGCCGUCCAAGAAGUGGAGCUAAAAGAAAAGAACGAAGCAGCUGACGCAUUAAUCGAAAUGGUAAAAAUCGAAACCGAAAAGGUUUGCAUAGAAAAAAACGCAGCUGAUGAAGAAGAAAAAAAAGUUGCUAUAAUCGCCGAAGAAGUAACGAAAAAACAAAAAGACUGCGAGGAAGAUCUUAUGAAAGCAGAACCAGCUUUAACAGCAGCACAAGAUGCUCUCAACACAUUAAAUAAAGCCAACCUCACCGAAUUAAAGAGCUUUGGGUCUCCUCCAGGUGCAGUUACAAAUGUUACGGCCGCAGUUAUGGUUCUUCUUGCUCCUGGUGGAAAGAUCCCAAAAGAUAGAAGCUGGAAAGCCGCUAAAAUCGUCAUGGCCAAAGUAGACUCCUUUUUAGAUGCCCUAAUUAAUUACGAUAAAGAAAACAUCCACCCGGACGUAAUAAAAGCUAUAGAACCUUACUUGAAAGAUCCCGAAUUUGACCCCGACUUUAUAAGAUCGAAAUCAGCUGCAGCCGCUGGUUUAUGCGCUUGGGUUAUUAACAUCAUCAAGUUUUAUGAAGUCUUUUGCGAUGUUGAACCGAAACGGAAAGCGCUCGCCCAAGCCAACGCCGAAUUAGCAGCCGCACAAGAGAAAUUGAGUUGUAUUAAACGAAAAGUUGCCUCGUUAGAGGAACAAUUAGCUAAAUUAACAUCUGAUUUCGAACAAGCUAUUGCCGAAAAAACACUUUGUCAGCAAGAAGCAGAUGCUACAAACGCAACCAUUUCUUUAGCCAACAGAUUAGUUGGGGGGUUAGCUAGUGAAAAUGUCCGUUGGGCUCAAGCUGUUGAUAAUUUUAUUCAACAAGGAACCAUGCUUCCUGGUGAUGUUCUUUCCAUCACAGCGUUUAUUUCGUAUGUUGGAUGUUUUACAAAGCAGUAUAGAUUGGAUUUGCUUCAUAAAAUGUGGUUUCCAUUUUUAAAGAAUCUUGAUCCACCAAUUCCAAUAACAAUAGAUUUAGAUCCUUUAUCAUUAUUAACCGAUGAUACACAAAUAGCAAAAUGGCAAAAUGAAGGAUUACCGAGCGAUCGGAUGUCAACAGAGAACGCAACAAUUCUAUCAAAUUCGGAUAGAUGGCCCUUGAUGAUUGAUCCGCAGCUCCAAGGUGUCAAGUGGAUUAAGCAAAAAUACGGGGAGACAUUGCAAGUGAUCCGGUUGGGUCAGAAGGGGUUUUUGGACACGAUCGAGAAGUCCAUAAGCUCGGGGACGACGGUGUUGAUGGAGAAUAUAGGAGAAUUCGUCGAUCCAGUCCUUGAUACUCUGUUGGGGCGGAACUUAAUUAAGAAGGGAAAGGCCAUUAAAAUCGGCGACAAGGAAAUCGAAUAUAACCAGAACUUCAGGCUCAUAUUACACACCAAGCUGGCCAACCCUCAUUAUAAACCGGAAAUGCAAGCUCAGACAACUUUAAUUAAUUUUACUGUUACUAGAGAUGGAUUAGAAGACCAAUUACUGGCCGAGGUUGUUAAAGCGGAACGACCGGAUCUUGAAGAGCUUAAGGCGGAACUAACGCGACAGCAAAACGAUUUCAAGAUUAUGCUCAAGUCGCUGGAAGACGACCUGCUCUCGAGACUCUCCUCCGCCGGCGAGAACAUCCUUGGCGACACUAGCCUCGUAGAAAAUCUUGAAACUACCAAGAAAACCGCUGCUGAAAUCGAAAAGAAGGUCUCAGAGGCGAAGAUUACAUCCACACAGAUCGACCAAGCUAGAGAACAUUAUAGACCCGCCGCGGCCCGAGCCAGUUUACUAUACUUCAUCUUAAACGAACUCAACACUAUAAAUCCUAUUUAUCAGUUCUCGUUAAAAGCUUUUAGCGUCGUAUUUCAAAAAGCCAUCGCCAGGGCGGACCCGGCCGAGUCUGUGCCGGACAGAGUUAAUAAUUUAAUAGACUGCAUAUCGUUUUCUGUUUUCCAGUACACCACAAGGGGUCUAUUCGAGUGCGACAAAUUAAUUUUCGCAUCGCAGAUGACCUUUCAAAUACUACUGAUGAGCGAGGAGAUUGCUCCUGCGGAUCUCGACUUCCUGUUGAGGUUUCCCGUGAAACCGCACGUUACCAGCCCGGUGGACUUCCUGUCCAACUCGAGCUGGGGUGGCAUCUGCAGCCUCUCGGCUAAAGACGAGUUCCGCAACCUCGACAGGGACAUCGAAAGCUCCCAAAAACGGUGGAAGAAACUCGUCGAGUGCGAAUGUCCCGAACGGGAAAAGUUUCCUACCGAAUGGAAAAAUAAAACCGCCCUCCAAAGAUUAUGUAUGAUGAGGGCUUUACGCCCUGAUCGAAUGAUAUACGCGGUUAUGGCAUUUAUCGAAGAAAAACUUGGGACGAAGUACGUAGAAAAUAAGACUGUUGAGUUCGAGAAAUCGUUUGAGGAGACCAGCCCCUCGACUCCUAUAUUCUUCAUCCUCUCCCCGGGGGUCAACCCUUUGAAAGACGUCGAAGCCUUAGGGGAGAAGCUCGGAUUUACGGCGGAUAAACAAAAUUUUCACAACGUCUCCCUCGGGCAAGGUCAAGAGGUCGUCGCGGAAACCGCGAUGGACAUUGCCGCUAGAUCAGGACAUUGGGUGAUCCUCCAAAAUAUUCAUUUAGUUAAAAAAUGGUUACCAUCCUUGGAGAAAACACUUGAAAGAUACAGCGAAGGCUCUCAUCCUGAUUACAGGGUUUUUAUGAGUGCCGAACCAGCGGCGUCCGCUGCAGCCCACAUAAUCCCACAAGGAAUUUUAGAGUCUUCCAUUAAAAUUACUAACGAACCUCCCACUGGGAUGCAAGCUAAUAUCCAUAAAGCCUUUUCUAAUUUCAACCAAGAAACGUUAGAACAAUGCGGAAAAGAAGCCGAAUUCAAAGUUAUACUAUUCGCUCUUUGUUAUUUUCACGCCGUGGUCGCCGAACGAAGAAAAUUUGGCCCUCAAGGUUGGAACAAAAUCUAUCCAUUCAACGUUGGCGACCUCACAAUUAGCGUUUUCGUCCUAUACAACUACUUAGAAAACAAUUCUAAAGUUCCCUGGGAAGAUCUACGCUAUCUUUUCGGCGAAAUCAUGUACGGCGGUCAUAUCACUGACGAUUGGGAUCGAAAACUAUGCAUUUCUUAUCUCGAGGAAUAUCUCCAACCUGAUCUCGUCGAUGGCGAACUACUUUUAGCUCCGAAUUUUGCAGCUCCCCCAAACACGGAUUACUCCGGCUAUCACCAAUACGUCGAUGACAUGCUUCCACCUGAAUCGCCGUAUUUAUAUGGACUCCACCCCAACGCUGAAAUAGGAUUUUUAACAACCACAGCAGACGAUCUCUUUAAAACCGUCUUUGAAAUGCAACCGCGUGAUGCUGGAGCUUCGGGAGGAGCAACAGUUUCUAGAGAAGACAAAGUUAAACAAAUGAUCGACGAAAUGCUAGAAAAAUUACCUGAAGAUUUUAACAUGGUGGAGAUAAUGGGAAAAGUGGAGGAAAGAACGCCGUACGUUAUAGUGGCUUUCCAAGAAUGCGAAAGAAUGAAUUAUCUAACAAGCGAAAUUAAAAGAACUCUUAGAGAACUUGAUUUAGGAUUAAAAGGCGAAUUAACAAUCACAUCAGACAUGGAAGAUUUAGAAAACUCUUUAUUUUUAGACCAAGUCCCCCCUGCGUGGACGGCAAGAGCUUAUCCAUCAUUAAACGGAUUAACCUCGUGGUUUGUUGACCUCACACUACGUCUAAGAGAACUUGAAACUUGGUCAACAGAUUUCGUCUUACCAUCAUCAGUUUGGUUAGGAGGAUUUUUUAAUCCCCAAUCGUUAUUAACAGCGAUCAUGCAGAGUACAGCGAGAAAAAACGAACUUCCUUUAGACAAAAUGUGCCUCCAAUGCGAUGUUACUAAGAAACAAAAAGAAGAAUUUACGAGCGCGCCGCGAGAUGGGGCUUACGUCCAUGGUCUUUUUAUGGAAGGCGCUCGUUGGGAUACUCAAGCCGGGAUGAUUAUGGAUUCGAGAUUGAAAGAACUUUUCCCGUGUAUUCCCGUUAUUAAUAUUAGAGCGAUUACGCAGGAUAAACAAGAUCUUAGGAACGUUUAUGAAUGCCCUGUUUAUAAAACGCGAACAAGGGGGCCUACUUACGUUUGGACUUUUAAUUUAAAAACUAAAGAUAAACCUGCUAAAUGGACUAUGGCUGGUGUUGCAUUGUUGUUACAAAUAUAAAUUGUUUAAUAAAGUUUUUUUUUAUUUCUACAUUAUUUGAAAUAUUAUUGAAUAUGCGUGCGCAGUUCCAGUACAAUAUAUAGGGUCAAGUGCUGCCUCGCGCGGCACUUUAAAGUAU